CUCUCCCCGCCUCAGUCGGCGCUGUGGCAGCGGCAGGGAGGGACAACGGGAGCAGGGAGCAGCCAGGACAGAGAAACAUGCUGCCAGGCUGAGCCGCUGGAGUCCGUGUGUAGCAGCGAAGGGAUGGAUGUGCUGGUGCCAGGAAGAGGCCUGACUGAAACCUCUGUUUUGCAUAAGUCCUCGCCUGUGGCACAUUGAGACAUGCAGGUACUAUUCCUUUUCUAUUUUCUAUCUCUCCAAGGGCAUUGAUGAGGAACGGUGAGCUACAGUAAAGAAAAUCAGUAAGGAGAGGUAAACAGCAUUGAACUCUUCAACUGUUGCUGCAGCAUGUGCAAAAACUCAGUGCAAUUGCAUUAGGGCACUUUGCUGCUUUAUUUCAUGUCUGGCAUAGCUGGAGGGAUCGGAUACAUGUGGGAUUAUUUUUUUUUCAAAAUCUGAUUCAUCCUCCGUAUGCUUCUGAAAAUUCCCACUCCCAUCGGCUCGCCACUAGAUUAGGCUGUCUGGGCAGCUUACAUGGCAUCACGCUGCUGACCACUAAUAUGAAAUAUAAUUGGAGCAAUUCAAACCUCUCCCCCAAGGAUUGGUUCUUUACAUCAUGCACUACCCUGUGAAAGCAAUAAAGUCAGUGAAAGGGGUUAUUCAAGAGAAAUUGUCAGUGUUUAAUAAAUCGUGCAAUUAAAUGCAAUAAAACCUCAGUAUGCUAUUCAUCUGUUCUGCCUUAACACGUAAGGCUGGGGCUUUUUUCAGAAUAACGAAGUUCUGUCCUAGAUAAUUUUUUCCAAUUUCCUCAUUAGACAGAUCCUUGCGAAGCCUUACAGUUCUCUGCACCGAACUAAGCUGCCAGAGUAGUGCAUCUAAUGUAAUCAUGGCAUAUAAAAAGUUAUAGAGCAGUUCAAGGACUUAAGUAGCUCAUAAAUUUUUCUUCAUAUUUUCUCCCUAGUUUGAUUCAGGGAUUUAAGCCACAACGUUGCGGACAAAAUAUGAGGUCCCCUUUCUCCAGCGUGGGACAACGAGGCUCCUGGGGUUAAAGGCCUGGGGAAAAAAAAGUUCUUUAAGUAUUUUAAACUGCACUGUGACUGAUUAGCUCUCUUUCUGAGUAUCUUAGCCUGGAUUCAUCGCCUGUACUGAGAGAUGCUCUUGAAGUUCUUGUGUCCUACAUGCUUGAUUUGUAUGUCCUCCGCUUCAUGGGGUGGGAACAACAGCAAGAGAAGCAUCCAAAGACCCAUGGGUAACCCGCCCUGAACUAACAGAGUGGAGGAAGAAGGUUUUGACCCAGGGGUCAUUUGGAGCCCACCAAGGAGGACAUCUGGUGCUUCUCUUCCCAUGCUGGAUUUUCCUAGAAGAGGUGGGGGAUGGACUGAGGAUCUCUGGAGCAGCACCAGCCCCUCCCCUGCCUGCUGCUUGUGUACUGAAAAUAAAGUGCAGCUUUCCUGCACGACAGGUGCAUGAGUGGUAUCACAGCAGCUCUGCCAGGAAGAUCUAAUGUUCAUUUUAGCAUUUGCUAACUCCACUGGUCCUGCAGGCUCUGCUUGGUUGUGUUUCCACACUCCGUUCCUGUGUUUUCCCCCUGUCUCUGCUCUGUUGCCUUUAUCAGCAGUGAUUUGUGAGCCUUUGGAGGAUCCUUUGAGUGAGCUAAUUCCCCUCUCCUGCUCUAAAAUUUUCACCAGGCUCUGCAUAUCUUUGGUGACCAGGGUGAGGUCUGUGGCCUCUUUCUAUCUGAAAUGAUCGUGAUCAUAUAAAUUGCCUGUUGCUGUCUCUGAAAGCAGAUGUUUUGUGCUCUCCUCUUUUCCCCAACCCAGGAGGAUGUGCCUGAUUUCAGAACUCUACGAGCAAAAUUUCAAAAUGAUUCCAACUUGGCCAACAAGCUGGUGCAGCCAUGUAAGAAGCCUCCCACUGAAAUCCCUCCCAAGAUGGGCUCUGGAGGUAAUGCUGUGUCCAGCCCUCUGACCCAGAGAAGGAAAGAACUUAAAAUACUAAAACCGAAGAAUGAACCUGCCCAUCCUGCUGCCCGACCUUCCAUACUCAACCAAAGCAAACCCUUGGCAUUGCCUCGAGUCAAACUGCGUUACAUGGAACCAACAGGGCACAAUGAAGAGUACAAUGGCACUGUCUUGGACAAAGGGCAGAGUUCUUUGAAGAAUUGUCCAGAGAAGCUUCUGCCAUUGUAUUGCACUGACCAAAAAGGAUCAGCCCAGACUUCUCCAGAGGACCCUUCAGUCCCAAAUUCUUUCCAGCAUGCCCUACAGAUCUGGGAAAAGACUUUAUCCUGCAGUGAGAAAGCAAGUGCACUGCUCCCAACCCAAUGGGCAACAAACUUCUAUAUGCACCCGUGCUCGGAUAGAAGGGUAACAUGUGCUGCUUUGAGUGAGAGUAAGAUGCAACGAUCUGGAAGUGAGCCCAUGCUGGUCUUGCAUGCUCAGAAGAAGGGUACUCGGUGCAGCAGUGGGCUGGCUCUUCCCCAGGCUCCCAGAGGACACAGGAGCUAUGAUGAAACAGGUGCUAAAAGCACAGUGGCCACUGCAUUCUGCCAGCCAGGUUUUCGUGCUCCAAUAGAGCAACCUUGGCACCAAAAAGAAUUGGAGACUCCCUUCUGCCAACCUGGAGCAGGAAAAUGCUCUGACAGCCCUGGGAGCAAGUGGCCAAGAAUUAAACCUCUCCCUUCAGCUGAAUCUUUGGGUCCAGCCCCUGAGAAGCCAGCAAGGCCCCCAAAGUUUGACCUCAGCACUUUCCAAAGCAGCAUGCCUGCAGUCCACAGAGGAAAUGAAACAACUGCUCAUGAAGAGGACUACUUGACCCCCAAAAGUGCUCAGCUUGAAGAGCAGCAUAAUUAUGAAGAAACACGGACGUACCUGAAUCAGUCUGGGGACACCACAACCUUGUGUGUUAUUGAAGUACCUAAGGCAGAGCCUCAAGAACACAAGAAACAGAAGACUCUUCUCUUUGCUAAAUCCAGUCCUGGAAGAGCUAUAAUAGAGAGUGAAAAAGAGGAAAAAACAAGACUUGAGAGAGAGCAACCUGAAGCAAAGAACAUUUUCAAGACAGGUGGAAAUGAAUAUGUGUCUCCCAAUAGCCAAACCAAGGAAGAUGGUAGAGGCAGGAUGAAGGUGCUGCAAGUGAAGCAGAAUGUGACGAGUACCCAGAAUGCAGAGCAUCCUACCCGACAAUGGCUGACAAAAGACAGAGCAGAACUCUUGUGCUACAGGCAUAUUGGUAUUCCAAAGCCAGGGGUAGAAAGAACAGCCUUGAACCAAAGCACUUGGCAGUCUCUACAGGUACCAGAGGAUGAUAUAUAUGACGAUGUUGAAGAAAUGCAAGAUAGACUCAGCCAAGCAUCGGAUGCCUCAAGUUUGUUUUCUUCAGCCAGCAUUUCAGAAAACGGCUAUGAAGAAACAUAUGAAGUUGUUGAGAUUGGGGAUGAUAAUCCAGCAAAACCAGAAAUAGAAAAACAGAAGAGAUUUGGAAACUUGUUUAAGAUAGAAAAGCUGAAGCUGAAUACUAGAUUGAAGGAAAACUUCAGAUCGCUUUCAAUUUCAGUACCAAAUUUAGUGGUCAUUUCCCAGGAGGACACAGUGUAUGAUGAUAUCCAGAUGGGGCAGAGAGAGCUGAGGGAGAAAGACAAGUAUAAAACCUGGAUGCCAAAAUUUCUGAUGACAAAAGAUGAUAAGGACCAAAGGAAAAGCAACAAUGAUGUGGAAAGUAGUAACUUCAAAUUCAAGAAGAGCAGUGCAGAAAAAAGAAAAAAGAUGGAAAAAGAGGAGAAGUUUUUUAGAGAAACAUCAAUGUAUGACAAGGAGAUCAGUGUCAUCAACACAGCCACUGUCAAGUGCACAGUCCCCAGUAAGAGCAGAACUGAUCUCCCGGUCACAGCUGGAGAACAGCUGGAUGUUAUUGAUGUCACGGAGGGCAACAUGGUCAUUUGCCGCAACUCGGAGGGCAGAUACGGAUAUGUUCUAGUGGAGCACUUGAACUUCAGACAGUACUAACUGCCUCAAGAGCUGCUGUCCCCUGGAGCAUCCCUGAAGGUCUCUUUCUUUCUGAAUGUGCUUUCCACAUUGGUCAACUGGAGAGCCAAUGUGAGUGUAAAUAAAUUGGAAAGUGUAAAAAAGAGGGGUUUUUACACUUACAUUGUUAAAUGUGUAAGAGACAUUUCCUUCUUUUUGUCUGCUGAUUAGAGCAUGUCUUCAAUGAUUAUCUCAACAUUAGUUAUUUUUAGUGCUACUCACUUUUGGAAGUACCCUGUUGGUCAGCGCUGAAAUGGCUAUAACACUUCUCCAUUUGCAUGUAAAGUUUUGUGCAGAACAUAACAGUUUAGUUGCUUCAUGUCCAUAGCAUUAUUGUCUUGUUUAGGUGCUGGAAUCGCAAGACUCCCAAAAAGAUUUGCUCUUUAAAAAACAAACCAUAUAAAUUAGAACUGGUUUUGAUCUUGACAAAAGUACUGGGACAAGAAGUUAUGUACCGCCACUCUUGCUGUGUUAAAUAUUUAAAAUAGUGGCAAACUUGACUCAUUUCUUUAAAAAAAAAAAAAGAAAAAAAAAUUAAAGAGGAGUAAAUAAGGCAUUCAGUCAAAAUUUACUUUGUUUUUGUAAGCUAACUUUGGCAUCCCAGAUAUGUAAAGGCUGACUUCUGACUUCCCCUGCCUCGCAGCAGCAGGCACUUACCCAACAGUUGCCUCUGUGUUCAGCCUAUUCUCCACUGUGGGCUUGGAAGAUGAUUGCUUAUUUUAAGAAAAAUGCUCCUAAAUGUAGGAAGAGAAAUAUAAAUUACUAAUGGCUUCUCCUUGGUGUAUCCAGUGGAUACCUUUUGAAAAGCAGAAAAAUGUGGAUAGGGUUUUUACAUGCCUUUGGAAGGAAAAAAAAAACCUUAAAUGUGACUCUAGCGUACAGCUUCUGCCCCUCCCAGGCACAUUUUUUAAGAGGCCGUAUCAGUUUGCUCAUAAAUAUCCUAAAAAUGUAGAUGGUUUAAUUAGAAAUUAUUAACUGUUCCUGGCUUAAGAAAACAGAGGAAAAGUGCUGUUUGCCACACAGCCAUUUCAAUGCUGGCAUAGAAGACAUCAGAAAAACUGAGCAAACUAUUUAACAUUUACUUUUAAGUCUAUACAGGCAUUCUUAUUUAUUUUACCAUAUGGUUACUAUUAAGUGUGUUGGCCUGUAUCUGUGCUUUCAAUAAAAAAAUAAAUAAACCCUGCUAAGCAUGCGCAGCUUUGCAGGCUUGCCAGCCCAAAUAUUUAGACUUCUCAAACGGAGAUGAGAGUUCAGGGAGAUGAAGAGAUUGUUUGGCUUCAGAGCAGGCUGAGAUGUGCACCAUACCCUUCACCUACAGCCUUUGCAGGGAAUUGUCCUGAUGGAACUUGUGGAAACAGUUUAUCUGGUGGGGCUUUUCUUUUCAUGGCAAUGUUUAGGAGAUCCUGUGAAGAAAAUGUCCCCUUCCUCGAGUCCUUCCUCAUCCUUCUCCCUACCUAGCACUAGCUCACAACUCUUGAACCCACUCUGUAAGCACUAUAGGCAAAUCUUAUAUUAGCCAGAUGCGCUAGGUCUUUUUUUUUGUCUCCUAAGAAAGUUAUUUAACGUUUUUUCUUUUUUUUUUAAAAUUGUUUAAAAAAAAAAAUCUCCCCAUAUAUCCUGUGAUAUACGUGAUUGGGCCCUGUUCCCAGCGCAAUUAUGCACAAUCCUUGUAGGGUUGUGACCCAACUCAAUGCAAAACAUGAACUUUUGCACUAGCAUUGACAGCUGACUUAAUGCAAGGAUGCCUUGCAAUGCACUUAAACUGUUUUUCUUCAUGGAGAGAAUCCAAUGCACGUACAGGACGAAAGUGCUUGAUAUGGGAUGACUGAAGACAAUACACAAAUGCCUUACGUAUAGCAACUUAAGAUUUCUUCAAUUAAACCACAGGUUGGCUGUAUUUAAGUCAAGAUAUUGGUCAGGAAAUCAAAUUCUUCCUUUAUUCUUCCAUAGCCUUGCUACACACAUCAAAACUUGAAGUAAUUCUCAUGUGAAUUUUAAACCCUGUUCCUCCAUGUUCCUUUUCAAAAUGGAAAAGAUCAUGCUAACUGUUCUGAAUUGUUGAAUCUGAAGGCGAACUGAGCAGCCUGGGUGCCUUUUCUGCAAUGAAAGGUUAUUUUGCACAGUAUCUUUAAAAUCUUGUUCUCCAUGCUUUUGCAUAAGGAGUUGGCAUCUGCGUCAGCACAGGUCCAUCAGCUCUCCUGGAUGCAUGUUAAUGUACAAGGAAGCCUUUCGGCCUGGCUCACGGCACGUAUUCUGGCUUGAGAAGUUGUUAUUCAUAUAAAUGUCUUAAUUCCCUUCCCCUUCGUACUCCCAAGUUCUGGGGGCACCCAUGGCCCCACAGUUGGGAUGUGCUGGGAGCAUUUCCAAAGGGAAACUCCUAGCCAGCAAAAAGGGACUGUGCAACAAGUAAAUUUUAAGGAUUUGUUUCUUUUGCCUCUUUUCAUCUCUGAGUUUAUUAAAGUGCAAAUGUCAACCAUGGAGACAGCUAUCACAUGCAGUGCAAUACACCAAGAAACACUUUCCACACCAUAAAUGGAAGGUAAAAGGCUUCAUCAUGAUUAUCAAAUGCAGUUACUUGCACAAAGGACAAAACUGAACCUAGGCUCUGUGCCCUUCCAUAACACCAGAAAAGUGCACCCAGAAAGUACUGAAGCAUUUAAUUUGAAAACAAAAUCUUCUCCAGUCCAUCAGCUAACAACAUACAAAAUGCCCAGAAAGAUGAGAGUAUUUACAGAGCUCGAUAUGUUUUUUUCUGAGCUUCAUGUUAAUAUGUUCGAAAAGAUGCUUAUAUUCAGAGCUUUUUAAGAUUUAGUAUCUUAACAACAAAAAAAUCAUAAACACAUGAUAUCAUAAAUCCUCCAUAUAGUAUGAACAAAAUACUGCAAUGGACUAGUCCAGUUCAUCUUUCUUAUAAAGCUGAAUGUUGUCUACCCAAAGAUGCUGGGCCACAGGUGCUACAGUUAUCUUAAGAUUCAGUUUUGCUUUGUGCUCUAAAAGAAAAAAAAACAAAUGCUUUGAGGUACAAAAUAUGUGAACAUAACAUGAUACAAAAAAUGAACAUGCUUUCAGCAACAAGAAUAAAUAUUACCAUGUCUACAGUAUUUACUUCACAGUUUUGUAAGAUGAGGAUAAAUAGACUAUUCAAAAGUUGAAAAAAACCCACAGGAGAUAAAUCUUACAAAUAAACUUUGAUUUUUAAAUUAAGGCAGCUUCAGCAGGAAUUUCAAGGCUUUUGUUGAAAACAGGUUUUUGUAACACCAACGCAUAGUCGUGCUUUGCAGAUAGAACUCUGAUUUACCACCCAGUUCUCCUUUGAUCAUUAAAAUGAGCAAAGCUAUGUACAUCAAACACCUGUAACACCAUGUUUGCCCUCAGCAAAAGUCAGAGUUUGGUCAAUAGGUACAACAUAGGAAUUCUGAAAACCAGUUCAUUUCUCAGCUACGGGACUGAGGUACCUCUAAAUGAAUCCUCAACUUCUCGUCCAAAGGGCAGACUGGAAAUUCAGAAUUACAGGAAGCUGUUGCUUUUUUAUAAUUGAAUGAUGAAAAGGAAAACACAAGGAAGCCAAACAAAAGCACUAAAUGGAAAGCCCAUACCAAAGAAGGAAAGACCAUAAGAACCGUGACUCAUCAUACACGUGAAACAAACAGAUCCUAAAACUUUCCAGUAAAAUACUGUAAUAGGUGGAGUGACGCUUUGUUUGGCUCAUCCGGAGGGAUGGAUGUGCGAUAUGUCUUCCCUUCUCCUCUCAGCUAAUGAGAAGGUGAAGCUAAAUAAUUGCACAACAAACAGUGCUUCAAGUAUUUAGAAACAUGGCCUGCAUGUCUCACUGGUGGGAUCCUGUGUAAGCUGGGGGAUUUGUGCACCUCCUGAAAUAAAGCUGAGAAUUCCAGCAGUCCUGAUGUAUAUCGAAGGCACAAUUUCAUGUCCCGCGUAUAGGUCUCUCUCCCUUCUACAUAAGUGCACACAAGAUCACUGAUGGUAAAGAGCAGUAAAAUGAAAAGGAGUAGACAGAAUGGUUAUUUUGCCUGAACAUUAUUCCAACGUGAACGGCAUUAUAAUCACAGAAAAAAAAUGUAUAUACAACAGAUACUAACCAGUUGCUUCAUUUUUUACAACACUGCCCAUAUAUACACCCCUGUGCUUCUACACAUCUUAUCUUAUGAAAUGCUAAACCAGACGCACACACUGCAUACAUUUCUGACCUUUUUAGAUUAAAAAAAACCCAAACCUGCUGCCUUUGCCUGCUCAGCUCUGACUCCUGUAAAUAAAACUGCCCCAAACCCCAUCAGCACCAGGACUUUAGCUUUGAAAGGUGUGCUGGGACUGACAGGGUCAGCUAAGCUACUCAUGGGCUUUACCUAAAAAAAGGUGUAAAAAUAUCAUCCCCUUUCUCUGGGUCCUCUCUCAUGCCGGGAUUAUUGUGUGCAAUGGCAGGUGUCCAGGGCACACACCUAACCUGCCAAGGACAUAAACCUGGAGCUGGAGGUUAAUGCUGGAGCCUAUCUGAAUGCUGUAUCCUUUGCAUUUUCGCCUCUCUCCUCCCUGGGCUGAAGCGGAGUUUGGGUGAGCUUGUGGCUUGCAAAGCACAGCCAUCCAGUGGCUUUUGAAGAAUUGCACUUGGAGUAAUUCAAGUUUCUAUAGUUCAAAUAAGUCUACCCUGUUUUUCCUGAUGCUCAUGCAUGUACCAGCAUAACUCAAAAAAAAUUAAAAAAAUCAACUAGACCACAGUGUAGAAGUUAAAAAGUUUUACACUGACCACAGUGUAAAAGUUAAACUUUUCCUCUGGAAAUACGUAACUGGAGGUCAGCAGCUUCUCUGCAGCCAGGAACCAGAAAACAGCCUAUAUGAAGGUAAAACAAACUAAAUAAGGAAGUAAAACUUCUCAGAAUAUUUCAAAAUGGGCUGAGUGGAUUUCAGUAAGGCUGUAAUGGACAGUUUAAUCCAAUGCGUUCAUUGUGGAUGCAAUUCCAUAGGUCCUACUUGCUCCACUGCCUCUGCUGACAUCAAUAUAGGAAAGUUGCUUCAUCUCGUUGUGUCUCUCCAUAUAGAAAUUGAGCCACUCCUACUGCCUUCUAGGCAGGACUAGUUUUGCAGAUCCAUAUAUGAGUUAACAUUUGCAUGGGUCUAAGAUGCCAAGGGCCACAAGGGCUUAUUCUACCACCUGGAAAUCUCACCUGACGCCAGGACAGAAAUAUUUCCUCACAAGGGCAUUUACUGCCAUUUAAUACUGUUGGUUCUGCUGGGAAGGAAAUGUAAGAGGACAAGUGUUAUUUUAAGGCAAGACAUCUGUACAUCUACAUGCUUCUGAGCCACAGAUUAUAGCUAAUGAGCCAGCCCCUUAUCAACUGGGCUUCAGGUGUUCCCAGGACAGACGACUUGGCAAGAUGCUCAGUUGUGAGUAGUGAUUUAAACAGCCUUUUACAUUUCAAAUACAUUUAAUGGCAGGAGUAUGUACACUCCUCUUUCCUGGAUGGAAAUUAAUGUCUAUCCCUAUGGCUUCUCAGCCGCCCUCUCCUCCUCCUUUCCAGAGGCAUUUAUCUCCAGCACCCAAACCCAUUUAGGCUGUUUGCUCAGCAUUUGCUUGGGUCUCAGCAGCGAUCCGAAAGCUGCUGAAGAUCUGGGUGCUGCUCAGCCUUGGCUCUGGGGUAGUUUAUUUUUUGCAUACAGGAGUCUGGAUUCUCCAUCCUCACCAGGUAUGACCUGCUUACACCCCAGCACUGGAGACACACAUCAUCCAAGAGCCACUAGGCACAGUACCAAAGCCAUCCUAGACUCUAGAAUAGUCAUUUAACAAUGAUAAUAUAAUAAAAAGCUCAUAACAAAACCAGGAGCGCUACAAAUAUUUCUGGUGUUUCUUUUAAAAACAAAACUAUUUUGCUGUCAGGUUUAUAAUCCAACCACCGCUGCGUUGGAUUUAAAGUACAAGAACUUAACAGCAAAACUUACUAUUUUUUUGGAAACUUUCUACUUUGGGUAGCUGCUGAAAUAAUUGGAGUUGUAAAGUCACAUUAGUGAGAAUCCGAGCAUAAUCUGUAACAAAAGUAAGGCAAUUUUGUGGUUUUUAAAAAAAGAUACUUUGACUUCAAGCUGAAAAUGUCCACUUAACUGCCAGUAGAUGGCAAAGACAUCCCGCAUUUGUCUUCAUUACCUAAAAUGAUUAGUACAAAAGGCUUAAUGCAUCAUUUUCUCCCUUGCUUCUCAUAGAAACUUGCAGAAAGUAUAAAUUAAAGUGCAACUGUUCAAAAAAGCCUAGCAAAAAACCUUGAUGGGUCAUAAGAAGUUAUCAAAAAGAUGGAUUAAUAUUUUUUUUAAAACUGAAUGACCACAUACCUGGAACCAGCAAUGUUGCUCAAGUUCUUCUUUGCUUUGUUUCUUAAAAAACCCAAAAGUACCAAGAAAAAAGGAAAAAAAAAACCCCACCUUGGAAUUUUUUGGCAAGUUUUCAUAAAGCAUUUGUUCCUUGACUGAUUAGACUAUUAUGUUCCUUUGCAAUCAAGUAAAUGGAUUAAAUGCCGUAGUGAAGCCAAGCAGAUGCCAACAUUGCCCAUUAGAUUAAGCCUAUGUAAUCAAAAAUAACUUUCAAACAAAGAAGUCACACAUGCAUUAAGAGUUUACCAUUGAAUAACAAGAAUUUAACCUUAAAAAUCCCUGUAGUUUUUCUUAAAAAAUAAAAUCCUACCCUUCAGAUAGCCAGUAGUAAAGAAACAGUAAAACUCUGAAAUCAGAUUUCCCUGCCUUAUCAGCGGAGUGGUGAAGGUCCCAGUCUGGUGAGCAUCAGUGGGACAAGAGAGCCCUUCAGCAUUAAAAGUGAGUCUCCAGCAGCACAAAACUGCAAGCGGGGAAGGCAGGGAUGGCAGAUUUGGCAGCGAUUUUAGGGUGGUGACAACAGGCAAAGGCUUCCUAUA